AUGGAGAAACGAAUGAUUCUGGAAGAACAGUUCCUCCUUGAAAAUGAAGAAAAUGCCACUAGCAGUUCUGCAAGUGAAUCAGAAUCAGAUGGCGAAAAAAAGUCUGAGAAGGAAAAGGAGAGCAUAGAGGCUAGCACCGACGAGCAAAAUGCCAGUGAGCGUCGCCAUCGCAGCAAAAAACGUCACAGACACCACCGGCAUCAUCAUCGGAAGAAGCACAGGAAGCACUCUAGCGAAAGAGACGACCAUCGACAGUCACGCCAUCGGCACAAGCACAAACACAAGAAGUCCUCACGCAGCAGCAGCAAGUCCAACAGCCGCCGUGAUCAUCAGAGCCGGAGGGCGCUGAAACAAGAAAGCGUGGUUCCGUAUGCAGAGGAAGAAGGGGAAGAUGAUGAAGAAGGAGAAGACACAACCGCCUUGGCUGAUCUUGAGAAGCAGAAGGCACUAUUACAGGCUGAGCUCUUGAAUGACCUCGGUCUGAACAAUGAAGAGGAGCUCAAGCAAGCCUCUGGCAUGGCCAUCAUCGCCAAGGGUUAUGUCUCAUCAGAUGAGGAAGGUCAAGUGUCCGAAGGUGAUGUCCAGGUUGCGGACAACUCACAACUGCAAGAGGACUCAGAUGAUGAUGUGGUCAUCGUCGAAGAGAUAAGCGGGAGCUCAAGGAAACAUUCCAAACGAAGUGCGCACUCAAAGUCUCCUGAAGUUGACAGAAUAAGAAAUAGCACUGGCAGGUCCAGAGACUCACGCAGGAGAAGAAGUGUCAGUCAUGAGCGUCCCUCAAAAAAGAGCCAAAAUCGCUCAUCCCCAAGUCCUUCAUCUAGAAGACAGAAGGACAAAACUGAGACAUCAUCAGAUCAGAUAAAGAGGAGCGAACAAUCUUCUUUGAGCAGGAGGAUCUCUAAAAGAUCGCGCAGUAGAUCACGAGACAAGAGACGGCAGACCUCUCCCGUGGAUGUUGACAAGCAGACCUCAAAGAGGAGUCAGUCUCCAAGGAGAAGUAAAUCUCCUAAACGUCGGAGGAGCAGGUCACCAAGAGCUUCUCCAAGACGGAAAAGCAGAAGUCGCUCGCCCAGAAGAAAACCAAAACUUGUAAUUACCUUGGAGAGUCUCCGUCAGCAAAGCCCCCCUCGUAGGUCCCCCUCCCCACGACGCAACAGGGGCCGUAGUAAGUCCCCAAGUCGUACCAGGACCUCUGGUUUGGCUGGCAGAUCCUCUACUGACCGCAAUCACUCCCCGCCAGUCCGUCGACGCAGCCGAUCGCCCCCGAGGCCUCGUUCUCCUGCCCGCAUCCGCUCACCGACUAGAGAAGAACUGGCAGAGAGGCGGCGAAGAAGGUCCCGCUCCCCAGACAUGCGACGAAGGGACAUGAACAACAGGUGGGAACGCAACAGAGACAGGGAUCGGGACAGAAGACGUCGGGACAGAAGAGGUGGCCGUGGAAAUCGAACUCCCGAUGAUAAAUUCAAGGGAAGUCUUUCGGAAGGACAGAGAGUGAAGAUGGAUUCCUCAGAUGAAGAAGAAGUGCAGGAUGUGGAUCUCCAAGAAGAAGAAGAUGAAGAGGCAAUCAUUGAGAGAAGACGCAAACAGCGACAGGAACUUUUGAAGAAACUGAAGGCCCCAGUAGCGCCAACAGCAACCGAGCUGGGCGUGUCCACCCCGGAACAGUCUGUCUCCACCUCGGGCAUGAACACCCCUGCAAGCCAGAAGGAGAGCGACGAGGAGUCGUCAUCAUCAUCGUCAUCUGGCGAAGACAGCAGUGACAGUGACAGUGACGAUGACAACAACAGUGACCAGAAGAGGGAAGACGACAACGAUGCAACAGACCAGAGGAUUGGAACAGAAGGACCAAGCCUUCCUAAUAAUCCAGAGGGAGUUUCCGGAGACAUUCCAAUUCCAGCAGGUGGUGCUGAGAAGCUAAACGAGCCCCAACUGUCGGAAACUUUUGAAACACAAGAACAAGAGUCCAGUGCGAAGACAAACACAGAGAACGAGGACCAGUUGUCAGCUUCUAAACCAGAGGCGAAAGCUCAAGCCCGCAAUGGCAUGGACAUGUUUAGUGAAAAAGAUAUGUUUGGCGACAACUAUGAUAGUCCAACGGUUGAGAAGCUUGGCCAGACUGCCCAUGAGAACCCCAGUUUGACUGACAACUGGGACGACGCUGAAGGCUACUAUCGUGUACGUGUUGGGGAAUUGUUGGACAAGCGCUACAACGUGUAUGGUUACACUGGGCAGGGUGUGUUCAGUAACGUGAUCAGGGCACGGGAUUCGGCCAGGACGCAGCAAGACGUGGCCAUCAAGAUCAUCAGAAACAAUGAGCUCAUGCACAAGACGGGUCUGAAGGAACUGGAGUACUUGAAGAGACUCAACGAUACUGACAGGGAGGACAAGUUCCACUGUGUGCGCCUCUUCAGACACUUCUUCCAUCGCAACCAUCUUUGCCUCGUCUUUGAACCACUCAGCAUGAACCUGCGUGAAGUUCUGAAGCGGUACGGCAAAGACGUCGGUCUGCACAUCAAGGCGGUACGGUCCUACACCUCCCAGCUUUUCCUGGCUCUGAAACUCCUGAAGCGAUGCAGCAUACUCCAUGCUGACAUCAAGCCGGACAAUAUUCUCGUGAACGAAUCCAAGACGGUCCUCAAACUCUGCGAUUUUGGCUCUGCGUGCCAUGUUGGCGAUGCCGACAUCACCCCAUACCUGGUCAGCCGCUUCUACAGGGCUCCAGAAAUAAUCAUCGGCAUGACCUACGACUACGCCAUCGAUCUCUGGAGCACGGCCUGCACCAUCUACGAGCUGUACACGGGCAAGAUCCUCUUCCCCGGUAAGUCCAAUAAUCACAUGUUGAAGGUGAUGAUGGACACGAAGGGUAAGAUGCCCAACAAGAUGAUCAAGAAGGGUCUGCUCAAGGACAGCCACUUCGACAGCAACUUCAACUUCAAGUACAUUGAGGUGGACAAAGUCACGGAGAGGGAGAAGGUAACAACCUUCAGCGUGAUGAACCCCAGCAAGGACAUGAUGGGGGACCUGGUGGGUUUCAGCCGGCUUCCUGAGGACCAGCACCGCAAGGUCAACCAACUCAAGGACCUGCUUGAGAAAUGUCUGAUGCUGGACCCCAGCAAGAGGGUCCAGAUCAAGGAGGCAUUGCAUCAUCCCUUCAUCCAGGAGAAGAUAUGAUGAAGCAGUGUGGGAACUGUGCUACAACCAGGCAGGUCCAUUCAAACAUUGAUUAACAUUUUGAAAAGUAAUGACCACUGACUGACUGUUGACGAGAGUUUCACUGCCUAUCAGUUUGUAUAUGAGACCAGGGACCAAUUCCGUGGCCCUGCUGACCACAGAAUGGAUCCUUCCUGUCUGUCAGUCAAACUGCGCAUUGACCAAUUAGAUCAAACGUUUUGUUCAGGUGACCAUAGUAGCUUGGUCAAAUUACCCAUACCUAAAAUGGGUGUGGCUUAUGGCUGAAUCCGGAAUGUUCCAUUUUGUGCUUACACACAAAAGGCAGAAGUUCUGCUAUUCUUGUAAGCGGAGAAUCCUUAGUUACCAACUGAACAUAUGAACAUCGCUAACUCACCGCUAACAAUGCAAAGUUUUUGCUUCUAGUAAGCAGAGCCAUGAUAUUGGACCUGGAUCUCACAAAGCCAGUCUUGAAAACAUUUUGUCACGUAUUAUGUUUUAUUCAUAUGCAGUAGGAAGAGCACACGCUGCUCUUCAUUUGCACAUAUCUUUUAGUUUUAUGUCUUUAACCAGUUCGUGCGGGAAGCCGUGUACAUACACACGAACAUUUUGCGGUAUUCGGAAUGGAUGACAGAUAAACAUGCAGGGAGCGAGGCCGGAAGUAUCUGUCAGCGACCCGCUUGCAGCGAGCGAGGCCGGAAAUAUGAGUGUGCUGCCUGAGGGUGAUGGCUUCAACCUGCCUGGCAUUAGGUCCAGUGUAAACUAAUCCUGCACCUUGUUCCUUUCUUGUCAAAAUAAUCCCGGCGCGAACUGGUUAAUAUGUUCAUAUUUAUGUGGGUACAAACAUUAAAUAUUCUUGUUGAUAUUUAAUUUGCAAGCAUUGUAAAAAAUGGUCUGUUUAGUAAAAUGUUCCUCUGGGGACUUGUCACUCAUUUGGCUGGGUCGGCUCUUAUAUUUCUCCUUGCAUGAUUUAUUGAUCGAGGAAUAUGAGAAGAAAAUUACAUGCACUGAUAUCCAGCCCCAGCAGAAUCUGCAUUCUGUGCUUUCUGCAUUGGGAUAAACAAAUGUUUUCACUAUUGGCUAGAAAUUGUUGGGCAACUAGGCACAUUGAAUCUUGUCACAUUGACACAGGAUAAAGGCGCCCUCAGGUCGACCUUGCGAUAGCACUGACUUUUCAGGAUCUAACUUUUCCUGAGCUACGACCGUCGGGAACAAACUAGUCGCCGAUUUUGUGCGACCUGAGUGUAACUGCGACGAUAUUAAGACGAUCGGCAUCGGUCGGCGCUCAAUAAAUCAACAGUUGCAAGAGUAAAAACAUUUCAACUUCUGCGACGUGUUCUCGACAGGCGGGAGUCAAUCGCAGUUGUGUAGCCAAUCAGCACGCUUGAAAACGGCUGAAUGAACAGCUGGUGUGGCCAUGGAAUGUCGUUUGAUUGUAACCAACUUGCUUUCACUAUUUUUAAAGAAGUCAGAUGACUGUCUCAUGGGUGACGUGAGCGUUAUUAUGAUUAUUUUGGGCCGAGAUGCCAGUUAUUCCACGAGAAUCACAACAUUUCUCAGUUUUGUGACCUGAGCAUUAUUUGUCUGCUUGAUGCUGACACUUCCGUCGCGGCGCAAGCAAAUCGUGAGUCGAUCUGAGGGCACCUUAUGUUUUAAAAAAACAAUAGUUGACAUAAGGGAUUUACAUGCAGGACCGCAAAGUGAAAUAAAGAUGUUACUGUUGUUGUGACAAAUUAUAAAUUGGUCUUGUAUGUGUAGUCAAAGUACAUCAAAUUCAACACGUUCCUCAAUCAGAAGUGAAUGCCUAAGACGUUCGUGAUGAGUUCGAAAGAGGUUCUUGUUUAGGACUGCUCUUAUCGUUGAAACAGAAUUCAGAAUGAAUGAAUAUUUUUCAAGUGGAAAUUGGUUGGCUCUUAACCCUAACUCCCUAGUGUCUUUUACUAUAUACUGGACCAAUUCCAUCAAAAUCCAUCACUCACUCUGCUUCACAUAAUGCAUUAGGACUGACUCCAUCAAACUCCCCCAAAAGCAUCUAAGUGUGCAAAGUGUAUUGAUACCAAUUCCAUCAGAAUCAACCGGUGAGUUGCUGGGGAUUUUGAUGGAGUUGGUACAGAUGGCUUGCAGUUAACAGAAUUACCUCUGUACUUGGGGCCCAAAUCCAUCAAAGUCAACCUACUAAAUUGAUGCAUGUUUUUAAGGCUUAGUCAAAUUGUAAGCAAAGGAAAGAAACAAGGCCACCAGCCAAGAUUAUAAAUGGACCCCCAAUAAACCUUACAAACAGUCUGUGUACAGUGUACGCAUAUGCAUCUCAUUAUGUACAUAAACCAACAUGAGGCAUGCAUUUGCACUGGGGGCAAUCACAUAUCCACAACAGGCCAGCACCUGUU